AUGACGUUCUUACAUAAAAUCUACCUGCUACUUGCUACCACCGCCGUGGCUUUUGCUUCCCCACAGGCUAUCUCAAGCCAUGUCAACCUUGCCCCUGGAUAUGAUAGUGGCCACGCCGACAUCGCCGUAUCCGACAUCGCGCAACCCUCCACGUUAUCCUCCGCUACCUUCCCUAAGCGUGAAAGAACAUUUGAGGAUGUCCGCUGCGGUUGUGGUAUCAAACUGAACAGGGGCGCCGUUGACAAUGCUAGAGAGAGAUUUUUCAAUCAAAUGGACGACUUUCCAGAACUCGCCAGGGUUCCUAUAGGGAAGAACUUCACCGCCAUUGACCCUGGUCACCAGGUAAAGGCCUUUGUUAUCAACUACACCCAAGAGCCAUUUACUAUCACGAACGAAGAUCUUAGGGCUGCGUGGGAGGUGAUCGCCAACGCUUGCGGUGGGGAAGACGUACCAGGGACAGCAGGAAUCUACGACCAAGGGGCGGACAUCAGAUCCGGAUUAGCGUUUGGCUACAUGGAAAAUGAUAGAUAUGACGCGGAGAAUUGGGAUGGGAGCAUAUGGGCGUCGACCUUGGAAACAUGCCCUUAG